AUGGUGUCAGAACCUCGCAAUGCAGCGGCCAAUCGAUCCGUAGAAAUCCUUGCGUCUAAGUUGAGACGGCGGCAGAUCGUUGGCUCAAGGGCUACUGCACUGGAAACUUUACUUGUAUUGCGUCAAGUCAUUGCAAAGGCGAGAUUUUCCAACCUGGAACAGUUAGUGGCGAUUAUCCGAGAUGUUGGGCGUAGAUUGGUGGAUGCACAGCCGAAGGAGCACUCGGUCGGGAACACUGUACGAAAAGUUUUACAUCAUAUACGAGAAGAGUUUCAUGCUGCUACCCGAGGCGUUGAAGUAUCUAAACCCGCUUCGUUCUCAAUUUCAAAGUUCGUGCUGCAAGGCCAGCCACGGAAACAAGUUGCAGUGCAGAAAUCGGAAGUCAAAGGAACGCUCAAAGAGAACGAUCCGGACGAUCCAGAUUCGUUCGCCAGAGGUUUGAAACCCGUGCUUAUGGAGGCCAUACAAGAUGUACUUGACGAGUUGGAAACGGUGUACGAUAAUGUGUCGAGAAAUGCAAAGGACCACAUACAUUCCGAUGAAAUCAUCCUGACGCUUGGAAUGUCAAAAACAGUCGAGCAGUUCUUGAAGGCAGCAGCUCAUGUCCGUAAUUACUCGGUGAUUGUUGCAGAAACCGCACCAUCAUAUAACGGACGUGAGAUGGCGAAGUCUUUGUCCUCUUCUGGAAUAUCUACAUUUCUUGUUCCUGAUUCCUCCAUAUUUGCACUUAUGUCGCGCGUAAACAAGGUCAUACUGGGUGCCCAUGUUAUUCUUGCAAAUGGAGGGAUGUUUGCUGUCAGUGGGUCGCUAAUGGCGGCCACUGCAGCUCGAGCACACAGCACUCCGGUUGUCGUGUGCGCCGGUCAAUUCAAAUUAACACCACUGUGGAACCUCUACCAUGAAUAUGGCGCCUUGGAUUUUGGCAAUCCCAGUGAUGUCCUUGGCUUCGAGAACGGAGACUUAGUCGAUAAAGUCGACGUUGUAAACCCAUAUUACGAUUACGUGCAACCAGAGUUGAUCGAUGCGUAUAUUACUAAUGACGGCGACCAUCCUCCAUCAUCAAUAUACAGGUUGUUAAAGGAAACAUAUGAUGAUGAAGAUAACGAACUUUGA